AUGGCUGACGGCACCUACCAGACCAGAGUGAACUACAAGCCGACUCAGAAGCCGCAUCUCAGUGUGUGCUCCCCGUUCUCUGCGUCUCUCUCUCUGCGUCCUUCCAUGCUCGACACACCACACACGCUCUUACCACGCGUGCUGCCACCAGGAUUGGAAGACGGACAAGUAUCAGCAGAUGAUUGGCUCGGGGCAGGUGCCAGUGCGGCCAGGCGUGGUCUGCUGGUGGCGGUGUGUUCUGCAGCCACUAAGAGCUCAGUUGUCUUUCAAGUCGACUCAAUAUUCUCUCCCCAUUCCCCCACUUCCCCACCUGCCCCCCGCCUUUCUUCCCCCCUUCUCCCCCCCGUCCUCCCCCCUCUCUCCUUCGUCUCAGGGUCUGCUGGUGGCGGGUCUGCUGGUGGCGGUGUGUUCUGCGGCCACCAAGAGCUCAGUCGUCUUCACUCUCACCAGCCUGCUCGGGAAGGUACUGUUCAUUCCCCCUCGCUCUAUUUGUAUGGUGGUGCCUCAGAAAUAGAUCUUACCCUCAAUAAGCUUCUGGCCGACGACGUCCCAAAGAAGAAGCCAGAUCCGACCAUCUACAAGAUUGCAGCGCAUGUGAGAUCGCAGCGCAGGUGA